AUGAUGCAAAUCCCCACGCUUCUGCUUAAAGAUGGCAAUGCUGUCCCCAUGCUCGGAUUCGGCACUGGGACUGCUUGGUACAAGGAUAGCUCAGAAGGUCCUCUGAGUCUCUAG